UCGGGCGUUAUUAAAGCCGCACACAGAGCAGCCGCUCAGUGUUAACAGCCGCACCUCCGCAGCAGCAUGGUGACAGUGACGCCCGUAGAAGAGUUCCUGGACAAACCUCCGGCCGUCUUCUCCGUGAAGGUCCAAGGGUCUGGAUACCAGGUCCACAGCGAUCCGGAGGGGAGCCUGGUGCUCAUCGAUGACUCGGACUCCUGCAGAGGGAAAAUAGUUUUCCAGAACUCGCUGGGAAGGAAAAUUAAAACGCACAAUCUCUGGGAGUACACCAGCACUAGGAAGAGUCUGCUGUCCAAGAGGAUCUAUCUGCUCGUGUCUGCCUGCGAAGAAACCUCAGUGACCAGCAAAAAGGCAGCCAAUGAACCCAGAGUGCUGCAGCGGUACGUGGUGUCCAUCGAUGGCAACAAUCCUUUCAUCAAGUGGCAGAUGGAGAGAGGCCUGGACUGGACCAUCUCCUCUGUCGCUGGGGAGAGCUACGUGGUGGAUAUUGACUUGACUGAACUAAUGGAGAGCUGGGCAGCAAAAAACCUCACAACAGACAAACUAAUACAGGUCAAACAUGUGUGGAGAGAUGCCACCUUCACUCUUAAAUACUAUUCUGAUGCCUGCUUUGACCUCCCAUUCUGGUUCGGCUUCAGCAAAAGAACAUUCAAGUUGAGACAUGAGCCAGCGGUGGAUGAAGAGCAAGUUUAUCCGUUCAGUUUUUGAAAAGUUUCUUGAUCAGUAGACGAAUGGUGUUACGCCAACCUGCCAGGUGAAGGAACAGCCUACCUCUUAGGACUGCAAGGACUACCUUUUAUAAUUGCUGUUUGGGUCCAGAUAUUUCUACUGUUCAGUGGGUGGAAACCACUAACAAGGACUUAUGUGGAAAUUCUGAAUGCCAUGAAGAUUGUUUAGGCAGAUUCUGUGUCGAAAUGGAUUUUUUAAAACCCUUUUUAUAUGAUUUACAAUUAUUGUAUGAUUGGUUGAAUCUGUUCUACUGCAGAAUCAAAGAUUUGUAGACGUUUGUACUUAAAGGUCCAGUGUGUGACA